ACUACUACUCAAUAAUUAGUCGGUUUGUCUUAAAAAAAAUAAAAUAAUUAGUCGGUUGAUUGCCCCUCAAUUAGUACACGUACCAGUUGUUAUAAGAAGUGUGGGGUGGGCUGGUUGCACGGGCACUACUUUUUCAACCGCAAACACCAAAGUCUCUGACUCUCUGCCCAUAUGCCACGAUAGGCUCAAUGGCCACGUGUGCAUCAUCUGAAGGAUAUGACUUCCUACUCAUAUUGAAUCGUAGUUCUAUCUAGUUUUGUCGUCAAGAAGUUCAAUCCCUCACUGCCAUCUCUGUCAUGGAUUCAAACAACAAACUGGAGCUAAUAAACAUCGCGAUCCAGAGAGUUAUAACGGAGAAGAAGAUCAAACCAAUCAGCAGUACCAGCGAUGGCCUCGUGGAAGACGACCUCGAUGAUCACCUUCUCCUCUCCAGAUUGCUCUCUCAGUUGGAAUCAUUGAAAGGAGAUAAUGCACUUAAGGAACCUGAAGCUUUAACUGAGGUGGAGGAGGUGAAUUCUUCUCCAGCAGUUGGUAUUGUGGACGUAAAUAUGGGGAAUGCCCGUCAGGUCGACCGUGGUGGCAUUGAGAUCGGGGCAGAAGAGAUAGUGAAGGAGCUGAAGAAGGUGAAGAGGCAGAAUUUUGUAACUCAUUGCCUUCUUUCGGCCAUGAUUAUACUGACCGUUGCUUGGCAAUUAUCCGAAGUCACCUUAAUUUUGAAAGUCAAAGAAGGACUAAGCAACCCAUUUAGAUCCGUUGGAAGUUUACUCGCAAGGAUGCUGAAAGGCCCUGCUACAAAUGGUCAAGACACAGAAAAACUGUCCUCGCCGGCCAAAAAACCACCUAGUGAAGCCCUUUCACUCCCAGAUUUAGGUUUAAAUGGUUCAAAAUAUAAAUGAAAGGUUGGUGUGAUAUGAAGGGAAAAGGGUUAAGGACUUGAGCGCAGUACUGCCUGGUUGAUCUGCAAUGGUUGAAGUAUGAACAAAGCUUCUAGAACAAACCAUGUUCACUCUAAUUUCAUUUGUUGAGAUGUUUGAAAGACGAGAUAUGUAAGGGAUGUCUUUGCUUGUGGUGUAACUGUUAAUAUGUUGAUUCGACUAUGAAAGUUUUGUCUU